AUGGCCAUCCGAGCUUUCAACAUCGAGGUUGCCAGAAUUCCCGACAUUGUUUCGAACGCAGCCAUUGGAUCUAUGCGUAUGCAGUUUUGGCGGCAGACCAUCGAUGCCACUUUCGAGCAAAGGCCUCCAGAAGAGCCUGUCGCUGUAUUACUGGCUUCUCAUUUGGCUCAGGGUCACCGAUUGAGCAAAUUAUGGUUUCAUCGUAUCAUCAACACCCGCGAUGGGAAGCUCGGCCACCCUGGUUUUACCGACCUGGGCGAGCUGGAAUCGUAUGCUGAAAACACCUAUUCGACGCUGUUGUAUCUCACGCUUUCUGCCUUGCCGAUGCAGUCCGUGACUAUGGACCACCUUGCAUCACACAUUGGAAAAGCUGCAGGCAUCACUGCAGUACUGCGAGGAGUUCCACUACUCGCAUUCCCUCCGCCUCCCAAUACGCAUUCAGCAAAUCCUCCUGGCUUAGGGCUCCCUGCGAAUCGUGAGCGACAAGGCGUCAUAGCUCUACCACUUGAUGUCAUGGCGCAGUGUGAUGUGAGAGAGGAGGAAAUAUUCCGACAGGGCGGACAUGCUAACGGCAUUCGUGAUGCCGUGUUCGACAUUGCCACUCGAGCUUCCGACCAUCUCAUUACUGCUCGAACGAUGGCGAAGAGCAUCAGGAACGAUGCUCUUCCAGAUCAUGAAUUCGAGCAUAUCAAGGACGAAACCCAUGUGUAUGACCAGCCGUCGACCGAUACACCGGCCGUUGAAUUUCGCAACAGCUACGGCGUGAUCAUGGGUCCUGCACUGAGCACUCAACUGUGGCUCAAUAGGCUGGAAAAGGUCGACUUUGACAUCUUUCACAAUAGCUUGCGAGGCCCAGAGUGGAGCCUGCCUAUCAGAGCUUGGUGGCAUAGUCGAAAGUUGAGACUUUAG